GUUUUCGUACGGCGGGAAGUUUCUCUGAAAAUUUAAAUUUAUGUACAUAUUUACAUCGACGCUGGAAAACAAAUAGCGCGCUUGCGUUUCACCAAUUUCCAGCGGCAUUUGCGCGGUUCUGGCCACACUGUUCGGCACACAACAUAAUCCUGGUUGUCGCCACUUGUUUUCGAUCAUUUUAGACUUAAACCAAUGCAAAAGGAAUUUCCUGCUAACGUUAUCGAUAAUCGCAAUAGACGCCAAAUCGCCAGUUUUACCUCUUCCUUUUUCGCAGGCCCCGUUCCGUUCAGCGAAUUCUCGCCCGAGCUAAGUCUAUUGCAAGCGUCCGGCUAUAGAAAUCGACGACAAAUCGCUAGUUCCACCUCUUCCUUUUCGCAGGCCCCAUUCCGUUCAGCGAACUCUCGCCCGAUCUAAGCGUCCGGCGAUAGGAAUCCACCUCUUCCUUUUCGCAGGUCCCGUUCCGUUCAGCGAGUUCUCGCCGACACUAAGUGCAUUGCAAGCGUCCGGCGACAGUUCUUACCCAGAUCUUGUCAAGUUAACACGAUGAGUGCUCAACCGAGUCCGCAUAUGAAUCCUCAGCAGCAGCAGCAGCAGCAACAGCAGCAGCAGCAGACCGAGCAGGAGAAGUGGAUCAAUGAGCUGGCCCAUCCGGACACGCGUGAAACCGCUCUGCUCGAGCUAAGCAAGAAGCGUGAGACGGACCUGGCCCCCAUGCUGUGGAACAGCUUCGGGACCGCCUGCGCCCUGUUGCAGGAGAUUGUUAACAUCUACCCAUCGAUAACGCCGCCCACUUUGACGGCCCACCAGUCGAACCGCGUGUGCAACGCCCUGGCGCUGCUGCAGUGCGUCGCCUCGCACCCGGAGACUCGCACGGCCUUCCUGCAGGCCCAGAUACCGCUGUACUUGUACCCUUUCUUGUCGACCACGUCCAAGACCAGGCCCUUCGAGUACUUGCGCCUGACCAGUUUGGGCGUGAUUGGUGCUCUGGUCAAGACCGACGAACAGGAGGUGAUCACCUUUCUGCUGACCACCGAGAUCGUGCCCCUUUGUCUGAGCAUCAUGGACAGCGGAUCGGAGCUGAGCAAGACUGUGGCCACUUUCAUCAUCCAGAAGAUCCUGCUCGAUGAGUCGGGUCUGUCGUACAUCUGCCAGACCUACGAACGCUUUUCGCACGUGGCCAUCACCCUGGGCAAAAUGGUCAUCCAGCUGGCGAAGGAUCCAUGCGCCCGGCUGUUGAAGCAUGUGGUGCGCUGCUAUCUGCGUCUUUCGGACAAUACACGCGCUCGCAAGGCCCUGGGACAGUGUCUGCCCGAUCAGCUGCGUGACGGCACCUUUGCGCUGUGCCUGCAAGAGGACAAGUCGACCAAGCAGUGGCUGCAGAUGCUGCUCAAGAACCUGGAACUCGGCGCCACUCCGCAGCAGAUCGGCAUGUCGCCACUGGGCUCCUAGGGAGUGGAAGCGACAGCACACCCAGCACUAUAUUAUCAAUUCUAACGUCCAACCAUCGAUGAUGAAUAAUCCACGCUGUUAAUUACAUAGCUGCUCGACCGAAUAUACAUAAACAUGCAUACAUACAUACAUACAUAUUUCAUAAGCGUGCACGAGAUUGCCUGUGUCGACUUAAGCGGAGCUGUAAUAUACCUACAUAAAUUACAAAUAAAUUAAUGUUAAUACUAAGAUUGUCACUGACACCCAAUAAAGAACCUCGAGCAGACGAUACGAUAU